CAGGUGGUGGUGGCGGGGUGUAUAAUAUGGUUAGCAGGCAGGCAGGGAGUAGACGUGCUGGACUGGGUUUUCUAAAUGCUACGGAGCAGAAGUUUUGAGUCGAAAUGGCGUUACCGCGACAGAGAAAUGCGAAAGGCUCCAAUGCAACUGAGAUAGAGAAGAAAAUUAAAAGGGGUAACGCACUACGGCAGGGAUCCACAUGGAGAAGUUCCCGAGGCCUCAUGGCCUUGCUGCUGGUUGCUCUGUCUGUGUUUGGGGUGGCUGGGUGGCUGUACGUGUCCUCUCUGGACAGUGACAUCACAGAAACAUUGGUCAGCAAGAGUGAGCUGGUCUCUCCGCAGCCCAGAGUCUACAGUGUCCAGUGCUCUGAAGACUAUCAGAACUACCAACGCUAUCCAGGAUGCACCCCUCUGAAGUGUGGUCGUGCAGUUACAGACAACGUGGUAACAAAGGAGGAAGCUCAGGUCCUCAGGAGGCUGGCUGAGAGGGGGCUUGCGCUGGCUGGCUCAGGGGGAGGAGCCUCCAUACUGGAUUUGCACUCUGGAGCGUUGUCAAUGGGAAAACAGUUUGUCAACAUCUACAGGUACUUUGGGGAUCAGAUCGGGGAGGUGUUCACUCAGGAGGAUUUCCAGCUUUACAGGAAUGUACGCAAGCGAAUUCAAGCAGCUAUUGCCGAGACAUUUGAUUUGGACCCAACUCUGAUGUACCUCACCAAGCCCACCUUCUUCUCCAGAAUCAACAGCACGGAAGCCAAGACCCAGCAUGACGAGUACUGGCACCCACACAUAGAUAAGGUGACUUAUGGCUCUUUUGACUACACCUCCCUCCUCUACCUGUCUGACUAUGGCUCUGACUUCACUGGAGGAAGAUUUAUCUUCAUGGACCAAAACGCCAACCGGACAGUGGAACCACGGGCAGGACGAGUCUCUUUCUUCUCUUCCGGCUCGGAGAACCUCCACCGCGUAGAAAAGGUGACAUGGGGGACGAGAUACGCCAUCACCGUGUCCUUCACCUGCGACCCUGCACACGCCAUCUCCGACCCCGCCAUGCCCGAAGGCACCCAUGGGUGACGGUGACAGCGCUGCCCACUGGCUUGGUGAAGCCCUGCAGUAGAGAUUGGGAGCGCGGGGGUAGGGAAAGAAAGAGGGGAGGAGAAGAGCGAUGAAGUGAGAUUUUAUACGUCGGUUGUACUUGCAACAAUCAUAAACUUUAGCUGCACGGGCAAUAUCUGUAAUUUAUUUUUAUAUUGUAGAUAUUGACCUGCUGUCUGUUAUGAUUGUGCCGCAGAAAAUAAGGCCACAUACUUGCACCCUCUCUUUUGUUAGAGGUCUUUUCUUAUUUUUUAGACCCUUGUCUAUUUUUAUCCAAUUUUCUACAGCAGUAGCUUUUUUUUAAAUCAUAAUCGCUGGUAUUAGACCUGUUUGGGUUCCCCACAGGUUUCCACAAUCCGCUCUUCUUGAUCGUUGGGGGUUGGCUUCAGCAGAAAUUGCCUCUCGGCUAAAACGGUUUCAACAAGGCUAAAGUGGGAUUGUGUAUUUUCGGCAUGUCUGUGUAUUUUUGUUAUUUUAAGAAGUGAGCUGUCAAUUCCU